AAGAAGAACAACAGCUGAUUAAUAUAAUACGGGUUUCGUUUGAAAUGGAUUCACCAUCAAUUUCCGUAACCCCGAGGAAUAAAGGAUAUAAAUUAUCAGAGAAACCGACAAAGUCGUCAGCACUCACUUUGGGCACAAUACCAUUACGAGCAGUUAUGUUAUUCUUGGCUGCAACUGUGUUUACCGCAGUACUUCUUGAGCUUCUGCCACAUUAUACUAAAAUAAAACCUGAGAGUGACUCAUUAAAUGGUACAGAAAAUGCCUUGAUUCGUCAACGGGCCUAUUCAAUUUAUACUACUAGCACUACAGAGGAACACUUGGUGCACGUAGUGGACAUUUUGCACAGAUUUGGUUAUAAAAGAGUUGAGUUAGAAGAUAAAUGGGAUUUAUUGUGGGCCCAUGACUAUCCGUUUCGCGUUAUUCCAAAACUAAAGAAUCUAGAAGCGCAUCAAUUUGUUAACCAUUUACCUGGUUGUGGUUACUUAACAAAUAAAGUUGAUUUGUGUACGACGCGACUACCUUUUUUGCCGCGUGCUUUUCGCCUCCCAGAUCAGAGAAAUGACUUUUUGGAAUACGCGUCAGCGCAUCCGAAGGCACUCUUUGUACAGAAGCACAACGAGCAUCGUCACAUUAAAGUUCGGCCUUUAAAUGAUAUCGAUUUCCACUCCAAUGAUUCGUUUGUCCAGGAGUUCAUUCAGAAUCCAUUUUUGGUCGAUGGUCAUAAAUUUGAUAUCGGAGUAUAUGUUGUGAUCACUUCCGUAAAUCCGUUGCGUGCUUACAUAUACAACGGUGAUGUAUUGUUUCGGUAUUGCCCCGCCAAAUAUUAUCCCUUCGAUGUCGAAAUUCAGGACAAAUAUGUUGUUGCUGACAAUUAUUUACCCACCUGGGAGGUUCCGUCUUUACGCAAGUAUUAUAACAACUAUGGGGGAAGCAUGCGUGCUUCUUUUGAAGCGUAUGUACGCGAUCAAAACAUGGAUCCCUCAAAAAUAUGGUCACAAGUGGAACACAUUAUACGUACCACUAUUCUGACGAAAGAACAAGAUUUAAUAGAUACACUACGUAUGUACAAAAGGCAUAAUUUCUUCGAUUUGUUGCGUUUCGACCUUUUUAUUGAUGAGGAACUAAAUGUACACCUAAUGGAGGCCAACAUGUCACCGAAUCUUUCUUCCGCUCACUUCAAAGAAAACUCACUUUUGUACAAACAAGUGCUUUACAGUGUGUUCAACCUGGUAGGCAUUCGUCCAGUGAUUAAAUCAGGAAUCAGUCAUUCUUCACUUUCAGAAGUAAUAACUGCUGAUAAAAACUUGGCGACUGCGCUAAAUAAUUGUGCAUCUAACGAUUGCGACAAGUCAUGUAAUAAAGAAGAAUGCAGCCUAUGCCUGCCUUGUUUAAGUGGAACAGAAUAUAAAUGGCUACAAGAAGCUCACGAUGAGCACUUGCAUCGUGUUGAUAUGAAGCGCAUCUUUCCUAAACCAAUACAUAAUAUUCACACAUUUGAUAUUGAUAUUGAAACUACACAAAUGUCAAAGAGAAACGCAUGGAUAACACGUUGGUUUUUCAAUAAAUGUAAAUAUGACCGAACAUGGUGCACCUGACAGCACCAAAAUAGUUGGAAAGAAAUAUGGAAAUAUAUGUACAUAUGACAAUGAUAAUAUUA